UGCCGACAGGAUGGCGCAUUCAUUUAAGAUUGUGGUGUUGCUGGUUAUGCUACAGCUUUCGGGCAUUUCAAGCAAGUGGGUUUUGCAGCUGCUUACAAGUGAUCAGAGGGCCGAGAAGCAGCUUUUCAGUUUUAAGGCACCGUGUUCAACAGAACCAGCGAUGUGUCCAAGACGUUUCUUCAUUACCUACGGUUUGCUGAGCUUCUUCGCUGUGAUGACCUCAGGACUGUUGUGGAGAGGCUUGAGGCCAAAGGAUCCAGUUGAACCAUUAUGCGAAAAAACGCACUGUCCCCUUGGAAACCAGCUUGCCUGCUUGAUAAUGGAUGGGGUUGUGUACACAGAAUGCAUCUCGCAGUGGAGCUCCUGCGUCUUAUAUUGGCUGCCAAAAUGCUGGCCCAAGAGGCGUUGGCCAAGAUGCAAACUUACAAGAUAUGGAUGCGCGUGUCGGUGUUGAGACAGAAAAGCCUUUUAACACCGUGGACAGCUGAACGGCAAAUUACAUUUCCUCUAAAUGUGCACAGCUUUCUAAUAAAUAACUUGUGCACGUUCUUUUUCUUGGAAAAAAAAAUAUGCAGCGCUUCGCUACGAAUGAAGAUGUGAAUACCGGAAUGGCUCCAAACAAGAUAAAGCAA